AUGGGCAAAUCUACCCCCAAAGCCGCAACCAAGGACUCCAAAAAGGACACCAAGAAAGACUCCUCCUCCGGCUCCUCCUCGAAAGGCGGCAAGGACGACAAGCUCAAGCCCGCAAACUCUCUCAACGUGCGCCACAUCCUCUGCGAGAAGCACUCAAAGAUGGAGACGGUGCUCGAGCGCCUGGCGAACGGCGAGAAGUUCGAUGCGGUGGCGAGGGAGUUGAGUGAGGAUAAGGCGCGACAGGGUGGGUCGCUGGGGUGGAAGAUCCGGGGGAGCUUGUUGAAGGCGUUUGAGGAUGCGGCAUAUGCGCUGCCGGUGUCGACGUGUGAUAAGCCCAUCUAUACGAACCCGGCGAUUAAGACGCAGGAGGGGUAUCAUUGUAUUAUGGUAGAGGGAAGGAAGUAG